AUGGGCAAUUGCUCCCCCUCCCCGCGCCGCCGCCGCCCGUCGCCGGCCGGCUCCCCGCCAUCCCACUCGAGCGCGGCAUCCGGCGGCGCGAGCGGCGGCGGCGGCGGCAACACAGUGUCCCCGUACGCGCUGGCCAGAUCCCCCUCGGUGUCCGUCUCCGUCGACCCGGAGGCCGAGCGGGAGCGGGAGGGCGUGGUCCGCGUCUACGGCUCGGACGGCUGCCCCGUCGCGUGGCGCCUCCGCGUCGCGCUGCUCUACAAGGCGGCGGCGCCCGUGCACUUCACGCCGUCCGAGGCGGCCCCGCUCGGCCGCCCCGUGCUCCGCCUCUCCGCCGCCGACCCGGAGCUCUGCGGUGCCGCCGACGAGCUGCUGCGCCACGUCGACGCGCGCUUCGAGGGCAAGCCCCGCGUCGCGCCGCCCGACCGCCCGCCGUCUGCGCGGGCCUCGCUGGCGGCCGCGGCGGCCGAGGAGGUGGCCGAGAUGGUGCGGCUCCAGCACCGCAGCGCCGAGCGGCACCUGGAGGGCGUCGCCGCCAAGCUGGCGGAGAUGGUGAAGAAGGGGGCCAAGAAGGCCGCCAAGGGGAGGAACGUGGUGGAGGCCGCCGAGGUGCGGAGGCUCGGGAAGUGGUACGGGGACGCCAUGGAGGUGAUGCUGGAGCACGCCAGGAUGGAGGAGAGGGUGCUGUUCCCCGACAUCCAGAGGGCCUCCUUCCCAGGGGUGUGCGAUAAGGUUCAGGAGCAGCACGGGAAGCACCUGCCCAUGAUGAACGGAAUCAAGGAGGAUAUAAAAACGCUUCUGACGCUGGAGCUGGGCAGCGCCCUCUUCUAUGAAGUGCUGGUCAACCUCUCCGUCCGCCUCAAGGCGUUGCAGGAUCACACCAAGGAGCACUUCAAGGAGGAAGAGAAGGAUAUGCUCCCACGACUGGAAUCGGUACGGCGGAUGCAGCGCGAAGAGGGGAACGUUCCUGACAAGUCCAACUCCGGAUGGGCUUCUGAGGCCAUGGGCACAAUGGAGAUGACGCACUCGAAGCUCUUCCCCUUCUUCAUGACCGGGCUCAUGCCUCAGGAGGCCGUGCAGUACCUUGACCUGGUGUGCAGGUGCACGAAGAACACCCGGCAUCUGGUCUCCAUGCUCAGGUCGCUUGCUGAGCGCCUGGAGGACGCGAACCCGUCGAUAAUCCACAACAACCCCACACGACUAUAUGAGCACCUACUUGUAAAAUCCCCAUAAGCUUCAGAUUCAGCAAAAAUUUCUUCACGUGCCACGUAAAUUGUGAAUGCUAACCAGCCCUCUUCUUUUCUCUUGUGUGGAGUGCAGCCAUGUAAUUCUUGGGUUUAUUGGGUGAGAGCGUGUAUAUCUAUCCUAUCACUGGGAAGUUUGCAAGGGAAAUGAAAAUUUGGAGUGAUAUUUUUUUUGAAA